CUUAACAGCAGCCGCCGCCGCCUGGCUCUAGCUGCAGGAGUCCGAGCAGCCUCGCGCAGGGUCGCCUCGCCGCUGUGCACUGACUUACCCUGUGAUCAGUGAGUGCAAAGCCAGACUCCUCCUUGAACCGUGUCCGGGGUGCAGCCGCCUAGACCUCCGCCCCCAGAGACUGGGCUCGUUCCAAGGGAUACAGUUUGCAAAUAAAUCGCAAUUCGUCUUUUUUUUUUGUUUCUUGCAACGUCCUUUUCCCCCCCCUCCGCUUGCUUUUUUUGUGGUCGAGAGACUUUUAAAAAAAAAAAAAGAUGCCCGCUGAUACCAUGGAGAAACCGACAGCCUCCCCGAUUGCUGGUGCCCCAGCUACCUCCAGCCACACGCCGGACAAGCCCAAGAGUGCCAGUGAACACAGAAAGUCCUCCAAGCCGAUCAUGGAGAAGCGGCGCCGUGCCAGGAUCAAUGAGAGCCUGGGGCAGCUGAAGACCCUCAUCCUGGAUGCCUUGAAGAAAGAUAGCUCCAGGCACUCCAAGCUGGAGAAAGCAGACAUCCUGGAGAUGACGGUGAAGCACCUGCGGAACCUGCAGCGAGCCCAGAUGACAGCAGCUCUAACUGCUGACCCCACCGUCCUGGGCAAAUACCGAGCUGGAUUUAACGAGUGCAUGAACGAGGUGACCCGGUUCCUCUCCACCUGCGAAGGGGUGAACACAGACGUACGCACCCGCCUGCUCAGCCACCUCUCCGCUUGCCUGGGCCAGAUCGUGGCUAUGAAUUACCCUCCACCGCCACCCCCAGCUGGCCAGCCUGCUCAUCUGGCACAACCUCUGCACGUCCAACUUCCCCCAGCUGCCACCGCAGCUGGAGCCGUGCCUGUGCCCUGCAAACUGAACCCUGCCGAAGCCCUGUCCCCCAAGGUCUAUGGGGGUUUUCAGCUGGUCCCAGCUACCGACGGCCAAUUCGCUUUCCUCAUCCCUAACCCAGCUUUCGCUCCCAGCAGCGGACCCGUCAUCCCCCUCUAUGCCAACGCUAAUGGACCACUGUCUUCAGGCAGCGGGCCAGGGAACGGAGCUGCAACCCCGUCAGCAUCCCCAGUGCAGGGUCUGACGUCAUUUGGGGGUAGCUUAGCUCCAGCGUCCCAAGCUGGGAGUCCCAUCGGGGAACGCCGUGAAUCAGUCUGGAGACCUUGGUGACUUGUGUGUAAAGCCUUCCUCCCUCCCCCCCAAGAAAAACAAAACCACCACACGCUUUGGUUCCGUUGUAUGGAACCUUGUUUUGUUUUUAAAGCAGACUUUUUUUUUAAAAAAAAAAGGACUUUUAGUACAAAGUGUCUAUUUAUUUCCAGAGGUUGGGAUCUCAACUUGUAUUUUUUACUCCUUUAAAGAAAUGCCUUUAUUUGAAAGACUUUUUAAAAAAUAAAUAAGAGAUUAGUUUUGUAUCAAAUAUUCACACCAGUAUAAUGCCAAAGUUGUUUGUAUCUUGUUUGUGUGUGUGUGCGUGGUCAAAAGACUUCCAAAAAGGUUGCAGGUGUUUGAACAAAUAAACUCUUUGAAAUAGAAA